AUGCCUGAGGAGAUGACUUUGUCCAUUCCAGCUGUGUCUUCGUUGGAUAGUCUACCCGAUAGAGUGAAACGUUCUCCAUACGCAAACUGUCCUCCUUAUCCUCCUCCGCCAUAUCCACCUUAUUGGCCCCCAUCGCCAAAUGGUUGGCACCCCCGUCGCCACCAUCAUCGUCAUUUUGACGACUCAUGGGAACAGUUUGAAUCUCAGCCACAAAUACAACUUCAGCAGCAACAAGAACCGCAACCAACUAUAAAAGCAAAUGCACAAUCGCAGACGUUAAUGCAAGGCACACAACCAUGCAGCACAUGCACGAAUGGAUCAGCGCAAAGCAACGCCCGAAAAGCUGAAAGUGGAACAGAAUCUAUUAUCCGCGAACCGCGUGGUUUAUUAGCGAAAAGGCGGUGUAAAAAAUAUGGGAUUUGCGGUGGUUUUCCAGGAGGUGGUGGUUACGGAGGUCACCAAGGAGGCUAUGGCGGCUAUCCCGGAGGCGGUUAUGGAGGUAUACCUCCAAUAAACAUUGGCAUCAGCCAGUCUCAAUCUUCAGCAAACGCGGGUGGAGGUGGUUACGGCCAUGGUUACUACCCCAACAACUACCAAUAUAACAAUGGAUUUGGUGGUGGUCACGGAUAUCAUCAUCGUCCGGGCUACUUCGGAAACGGACAUGGAUCGUAUAAUAGCCAAUUCAAUGGUAAUUAUUACGGCGGCCAAGGUGGUCAUAGCGGUCCGGGAUUCGGAGGAUACGGUUUCCAAGGACCUUAUGGAAAUGGAUUCUAUGGAGACCAAGGAGCUAACGAGCAUAGACCUGAAUAUGAUGACAGCACACAAAAUGAUCCCGAACAUGACCAAGGACAUUACGACAAUGGGCCAAAUAAUAUUGCAGCUUCCGGUUCUUUUGCUUACGCCGGCAGAAGUAAUGUCUAG